AGGCCGCCCCAGCGCCCGGACUGCGAGCACGCGAGUCACUCCCGCCACCCCCGGCGCGUCACGGUUCUCGGGCCCUCCCUCGACCAGCCCCUCCCUCUGCUCCGUUUUCCCCUCCUCUCCCCCGCCUCCUCCGACCGAGCGGUGACUUAAGCAACGGAGCGCGGUGAAGCCCAUUUUUCUCCUGCCUCGCAGCCGUGCCGGGGAGCUCGCGGCGCGCGGCCACCACACUCUGGCCCGAGAUGAAUGCUGCGGCAGAAGCCGAGUUCAACAUCCUCCUAGCCACCGACUCCUACAAGGUUACUCACUAUAAACAAUACCCACCCAACACAAGCAAAGUUUAUUCCUACUUUGAAUGCCGUGAAAAGAAGACAGAAAACUCCAAAGGAAGGAAAGUGAAAUAUGAAGAAACAGUAUUUUAUGGGUUGCAAUACAUUCUUAAUAAGUACUUAAAAGGUAAAGUAGUGACCAAAGAGAAAAUCCAGGAAGCCAAAGAGGUCUACAAAGAACAUUUCCAAGAUGAUGUCUUUAAUGAAAAGGGAUGGAAUUACAUUCUUGAGAAAUAUGAUGGGCAUCUUCCAAUAGAAGUAAAAGCUGUUCCUGAGGGCUCUGUUAUUCCCAGAGGAAAUGUUCUCUUCACAGUUGAAAACACAGAUCCAGAGUGUUACUGGCUUACAAAUUGGAUUGAGACCAUUCUUGUUCAGUCCUGGUAUCCAAUCACAGUGGCCACAAAUUCUAGAGAACAGAAGAAAAUAUUGGCCAAAUAUUUGUUAGAAACUUCUGGUAACUUAGGUGGUCUGGAAUACAAGUUACAUGAUUUUGGCUACAGAGGAGUCUCUUCCCAAGAGACUGCUGGCAUAGGAGCAUCUGCUCAUUUGGUUAACUUCAAAGGAACAGAUACAGUAGCAGGAAUUGCUCUAAUUAAAAAAUAUUAUGGAACAAAAGAUCCUGUUCCAGGCUAUUCUGUUCCAGCAGCAGAACACAGUACCAUAACAGCUUGGGGGAAAGACCAUGAAAAAGAUGCUUUUGAACAUAUAGUAACACAGUUUUCAUCAGUGCCUGUAUCUGUGGUCAGCGAUAGCUAUGACAUUUAUAAUGCGUGUGAGAAAAUAUGGGGUGAAGAUCUAAGACAUUUAAUAGUAUCAAGAAGUACAGAGGCACCACUAAUAAUCAGACCUGAUUCUGGAAACCCUCUUGACACUGUAUUAAAGGUUUUGGAUAUUUUAGGUAAGAAGUUUCCUGUAACUGAGAACUCAAAGGGCUACAAGUUGCUGCCACCUUAUCUUAGAGUUAUUCAAGGGGAUGGAGUAGAUAUUAAUACCUUACAAGAGAUUGUAGAAGGCAUGAAACAAAAAAAGUGGAGUAUUGAAAAUAUUUCCUUUGGUUCUGGUGGAGCUUUGCUACAGAAGUUAACAAGAGAUCUCUUGAAUUGUUCCUUCAAGUGUAGUUAUGUUGUAACCAAUGGCCUUGGGAUUAAUGUCUUCAAGGACCCAGUUGCUGAUCCCAACAAAAGGUCCAAAAAGGGCCGAUUAUCUUUACAUAGGACACCGGCAGGGAAUUUUGUUACACUUGAGGAAGGAAAAGGAGACCUUGAGGAAUAUGGUCAUGAUCUUCUCCAUACUGUUUUCAAGAAUGGGAAGGUGACAAAAAGCUAUUCAUUUGAUGAAGUAAGAAAAAAUGCACAGCUGAAUAUCGAACUGGAAGCAGCACCUCAUUAGGCUUUGUUUUAUGACUGGGUGUAUAUGUGCGUCUGUGUGUAUGUGUAUGCGUGCAUGCAUGCACGUAUAUGCCUGUAUGUGAGUAUGUAAUACGUAAUGUUUAUUGUACAGAUGUGUGGAGUUUCUUUGUGUUUUAUGAUACAUUAUAGCCAAAUUAUUUGUUGGUUUAUGGACAUACUGCCCUUUCAUUUUUUCUUUUUUUCCAGUGUUUAGGUGAUCUCAAAUUAGGAAAUACACUUAACAUGAAAAGAGUAAUGCUAAAGUAAGCUUUUUAGGGCCCUUUGCCAAUAGAUAGUAAUUCAAUCUGGUAUUGAUCUUUUCACAAAUAACAGAACUGAGAAACUUUUAUAUAUAACUGAAGAUCACAUAAAACAGAUUUGCAUAAAAUUAUCAUGAUUGCUUUAUGUUUAUAUUUAACUUGUAUUUUUGUACAAACAAGAUUGUGUAAGAUAUAUUUAAAGUUUCAGUGAUUUAACAGUCUUUCCAACUUUUCAUGAUUUUUAUGAGCACAGACUUUCAAGAAAAUACUUGAAAAUUAAUUACAUUGCCUUUUGUCCAUUAAUCAGCAAAUAAAACAUGGCCUUAACAAAGUUGUUUGUGUUAUUGUACAAUUUGAAACUUAUGUCAGGACAUGUCCUAUAGAAUUACUAACCUCACUGCCCCUUGUAGAAUAUGUAUUAAUCAUUCUACAUUAAAGAAAAUAAUGGUUCUUACUGGAAUGUCUAGCCACUGUACAGUUAUUAGAUACCUUGGUCAUUGUAUUGUACCAGUGAAAUGCCAAAUUUGAAAGGCCUGUAUUGCAAUUUUAUAUGUCAGAUAUUGCCUGUGGCUCUAAUAUGCACCUCAAGAUUUUAAGGAGAUAAUGUUUUUAGAGAGAAUUUCUGCUUCCACUAUAGAAUAUAUACAUAAAUGUAAAAUAUUGACAGAAGUGGAAGUAGUGUAUUUUGAAGUAAUUACACUUCUGAAUUUAUUUUUCAUAUUCUGUAGUUGGUAUGACUUAAAUGAAUUACUGGAGUGGGUAGUGAGUGUACUUAUUUUAAUGUUUUGAUUCUGUUAUAUUUUUCAUUAUGUUUUUUAAAAAUUAAAUUGAAUACUAAAUUGUAUGGGCAUCAUUUAUUAAUUUUAAACUGAAUCCCUCAAUUAAUAAUACUCAAGCAGUUUCUUAAAUCAAGAUAAAUUAUCCCCAGUGAAAAACAUGAUGACAUGUGCUUCAAUAGAAGAAUCUUAACUAAAAGCAAAAAGUUGGCUGAAUUCAAAGUGACAUCAGAAUGUUCUGGAGUGAUUAGCUGCUAGGUUUUGAGUCAGUCAUCACAUCUAACUGUAGACCAGUCUCUUUAAAAUGAUUUUUUAAUAUAUUAGGUCUGUUCUCCUAAGGAGGGGGUUGGCCAACUAUGGUCCACAGAACAAAUUUGGACUGCUUUUUUUUUUUGUAAAUACAUAUUGUCUAUGCUGCUUUCCCACUACAAUAGCAGAAAUUGAGUAGUUGCAGUAUAGACCAAAUGGUCCACAAAGUCUGAAAUGUUUAUUAUCUGGCCCUUUACACAAAAUUGCACAAAGUUUCCUGACCCCUGUUCUAAGAAAAGAAGUGUGCCUUGCAUUUUAAGAGAAAUGGUUUCCAGGUAAGGGAGGAGGCUAAACAAUUGAUACAGAGUUUAUCUAUUUUCUCCUUUCUUUGCUCAUUUAAGACUCUGAUACUGGAAAACAUUUAGAAAAGCUUUAACAACAUGACAUUAAAUGUGAGAUUUUAAAUAUUAAAAAGCCAUAAAUCAUCUGUCUUGAACAGUUACAUGAAAAAGUGUUUUAUCACUAGAAUAAUCUAAUUAGAGGUGUGUUAUCUUUAUUAAAUGUUUUUAUAAGUGGUGUUAGAACGUAGGUUUUUCAGAUGACUCUAAACUCUUAUUUAGUGAGAACUUUUAGUAAGAAUCUUCAUCCUAUAAUCCAUGGUAGGAAAUAAUUUUAAGCUGAUUCUUUUUAAACGUAUUUAAGUAAAGAUUAGUAGUAUUAAAAAGAGCACACCUUUCUUCACUAAAUAAUAUGCUAAGGGUCUUAUAGAGAAUUAAAUAUAUAUAUAUACUUAUUACCAGUAACAACUUUGAUAACCACCCAUAAUUUUGUAUUUGUUUAAACAUUGGAAUUGUACUAUAGACAGUAUUCUUUAUGUUCUGUGAAUUUCAGUUGCUUCAGAAUAUCUGGAGUUUUAUCUUGAAUCUUUCAGUGAAUGCUAAAAGCUGUACAUAUGUACAUGAUCAUCAAUUAGGAGGUGGAAUGAUUAGUUCUAUUACCUCUUAGCCACUUGGAACUGAUUAAUUCUGAAUUUCUGUCACUAAGCACUUAACUAUUUCGUCAUCCCCAUUCUGAGCACCAAAUGGUUAAUGUGAAUAUCAAAUAGAACUCUGCUGUAUGUCACCCUUAAAUCAGCCUAACUCUUCCAGACAAAAGCAAAUGGCAUAUAUGGGUUUAAGUCAUUAGAUUUGCAGUUGACAUUAAUUAAUCCCCCUCAAUUUAUAAUAUCGUCAAACAUUUAUAUUUUAAAUAGGAGGUAGGACUUCUGUGUUAAGACUCUUAAUUUAUUUGUACCCUAUACUUAAAAUGUUUUUUAUGAAUAUUCUUUAUUUUCUUUUUUGAAAUAAAUUGUUAUGAAGAAAUUUUUAUAAUGAAAUCCAUCUUGGAAAGUUAAAAAGAGAAAAAUGGCAAGGUAUUUAUUGUUUUGUUUGCCAUAAUUUAGAACUCAUACUUAAAUAAGUAUUUUGUAGUUUUACAUUCCUUUUUAACCCAUUCAGUGGAGAAUGUCAGCUUUUCUCCCAAGUUGUAUGUUAAGUCAAUUCUAAUAUGUAUUCAACAUCAAAUAUAAACAUGUAAUAAACAUGGAAAUAAAGUUUAGCUCUAUUAGUGAAA